CUCUCUCUCUCUCUCUCUCUCUCUCUAUAGAGUUCACUUUUUGUGUUUAUUAUGCAGCAAUGCUUUACUACUCUUGGCAUAAUUCUGGAUAUCUUUUCUUUUUGCGUACACUUUGGUUGAUUAUUGGGGAAGUCUUUGUAUUCUAUUGGUCACAGCUUACUGUUUGUUAAAUUUGGUUGUUGGGUUUUGUUCUUAUGGAUUCAUGGUGACUUUCAGCUCAAGAGACUGGAGGAUAUGAUUGCAUCUGCUUGCAGUUUGUUGGGUUUUUCUUUGAGUUCACUUCUCUGAGAUCUAGUGGGGAUUGGGAUUUUAUCAAUGGGACUAGAGAUGGAGCUGGACUUUGAUAAAAGUUGCAAGAUUGGUCUGAGUCCUAACACCGUUCUUCCAUCUCAUCGACGUUGCUCCAAUGUUGUAAAUGGAAACACAAAAGGGAAACCCAUGCGUAAAGAUGAUCGAUUGAGCCUAAAGGAGGACUUCAUAGAGCUUAACCUUGGUCGCUAUCGCAGUUCUUCUUGUAAAAGCAUUCCAUCUAGACCUGUUGGACUGGAGGGUAACAUUGAGCUCAAGCGAGGUUCCAUUUAUCAAACUUCCAAAGAGGUAAGAAAAAUGAAGAAAACUGGCACCGUUGAUGGGGGGCGAAAUAUUGCAAUGUGUCGUAGUAGUGACAGCUCUUUCUCUUUUAGAAUUGUUGACUCAUUAUGUGGUCCAGAUGAGGAAGGCCUGAAGAAGAGAUCUCCGGUGAUAUCUUUGGAUCCAAACUUUAGUCCAAAAUCUGUUUGCAAGCCUUAUGCAGAACCAUGCUCAUCAGAUGGCUUUGUUGGAAUUUGUCUCAAUUCGAAUGACAUGGAUAAACCUGCUGAUGCUGUGGUGGAUCGAAAAUUUAGAAGCGGCAAAGCUGUUGGACCUCUAAAUGAUAGUAAUGAUCUUGAAAGAGACACAGGUCGCACAUUCCACAAGUCGCUCUCGGCAAAGGUGGAAAUGCUCCAUUCGCCUUCACCAUCAGAAAGCGAUUACUCCUCCAGAGCUAGCUCAAAGUCCAGAUUCAGCCCUAUCAGAAAGAUGUUUGAUCCAUUCAAGAAGUCCAAGUCUUUGCGGAGUCCUUUAGGUUACAUAGUGGAAUCUGGUGGGCUAAAAGCAUCUGGGACAACAAACAUGAGGAACAAAACAUCUAGGAAAUCUUUGCUGCGUGAUUUCUCAAAUGCAGAGAAGUUGCCAGAACUUGAUCCUCCGUUUGUCGAGGGAGAGAACCACCAUUCAGUUGUUGCAUGCUCACCAGUUCACCUACAUGGAUACCUCAAGUUAGAAUACAAACAUGGAGUGCCAUUUUUUCAGUUCUCUUUGAAGUGCCCAGAAGAUGUUUUUGUGGCCAAGACAUGGAAGACGGACAACGCUUUUAAUUGGGUAUAUACAUUUCACUCCAUUGAUGGUAGAAAGAAGAGUAAUGCCAGCGGAUGGAGAUGGAACAGUAGUGACAAAGAUUCCUCCAUGGUGGGACAGAUGCAAGUUUCCUGUUAUUUGUGUUCAGAACUAAAAGGUGGUGGAGUUGUUGACAAUUCUGUGGUGACAGAGUUUGUAUUGUAUGAUAUUGCACAUGCAAGGCAAAGUGUUGCAGCCCAAGAAAAUGGUAACCCUGAUGCUGAUAAAGCUGUCAAAGGUUCUAAUCCAGGCUUGGUUAAGGAAACUUUCGACGAUGAUAGGUCUCGUCCAGUGAAUCUUAAACUACAACAUAGACAAGCCUCUGAGAAAGGUGAUUUUGGUUCUUCAAAUUCUUACCCUUGGGCAUCUGCAGAAUUGCAUCCAGACCUUGAAAUUGCAGCCGUUGUUAUGCAAGUCCCAUUUGAAAGAAGAGAGAGCUUGACAUACAGGAGUGGAGAUAAGGUUAGUGAUAAAGUGAUCUCAAACCUACUUAAUCCUUCUAUGAUUGAGCAGAGGAAAAAGGGCUGCCAUGACAGCAGAAGUCCAGAAAAAGUGAAGGUGUUAGUUCCAACUGGAAACCAUGGCUUGCCUAGUGCUGAAAGUCGGGGCCCUUCAUCAUUAUUAGAUCGAUGGAGAUUAGGUGGAGGCUGUGACUGUGGCGGUUGGGACAUGGCCUGUCCCCUCACUGUUUUAGGCAAUCCCUGUACUCAAUGUGCUGGAGAUCAACCACUUCUGGACAAUCAGCAGCCUUUGGAGCUUUUUGUUCAGGGAGCGAAAGAGAGUGCACCGGCACUGACCAUGACUUUUGUUGAAGAGGGAGAGUAUGCAGUUGAUUUUCAUGCACAAUUAUCCACAUUACAAGCAUUCUCCAUUUGUGUUGCUAUUUUGCAUGGCACAGAAGCUUCCACUGAUGGCAGGAAGGACAGAAACAAACAGUUAUCGCAAAGCAAUUCGCUGAAAGUGCUUAUUGACGAGGAAGUGGAAUUUUUAAUUGAAGCAGCCGUCACUUCUGAGGAGAAGACCAAAGUCACUAAGAUGGUAAAAGAAAUCCCACCAUCUUAUGUGCUCAACCCACCCUUUUCGCCAAUUGCUCGAGUAUAGAAUAUCGGCUCAACCGGCUUGCUUCACACACUGCAAAAGGGCUUCUUGGAGGAUCCCUGCAUAUGUUAAGAUGACCCCAUGACUUCAAAGGAAAUAUGGAGGAUGAUAUCAUCCUUAGAUGACCACAGGGGUGCCAGUUCCUGCGGUUGACACUGAGCUUCAGGGGGUGUGUCAAUUGCUUAGCAGCAUCAUCGACUUAACUGUCGGCGGGGUGCUCAUAAACUAAAAGGGUGUCUUAGAAUCCAUGGGGCUAUUUGGAGAUGCGAGCUAGAGAUUCUUACCCAUGGCUGAGGGCUAUUUCCAUAGGGUUGCCAACAUCCUUUUGUUAUAUUAUUCCAUUCAUUCUUCAACUUCUAUAGUAAAAGAUUAAACAGAGAACAGAACAUUGUCCAUAUUGUAACUUGAUAGAGAGGGAAUAGAAGUAAUCAUUAGAUUGUCCA